AUGGCGGCCUCACGAUCCACUUCGUCCAAAUUAAACCAUGUCCAUUUGAACGGCCGAACUUUGGAAGGAGGUGGUCAGCUGGUUCGCAUCGCUAUCGGGCUGUCUGCAUUGACUGGUCGUCCAGUUAGCAUUGAUCAUGUUCGCGGGAACAGAGAGGGAAAGAAGGGGCUUAAGAGAUCUCACGCCGCGGCAGUGAAGCUGUUGGCCGAGAUCAGCGGCAGCAAAGUAUCAGGAGGCGAGGUUGGCUCCCAGUCCUUGAACUUCUUUCCACAAUCAACAAGAUCAAAAAGCGGACCGCUCUUGGACUUGUCGCGAGUGAAUGUAAAAUCUGAAUACGAUAUCAAGCUCACGACUGCUGGUGCCAUCUUUCUCGUGUUCCAGGCCCUCUACCCGUAUCUACUUCAUGUUGGAUCGCAGGCGUCGGCUCCCUUUGUGAAAGUGAACAUAACUGGUGGAACCAAUGCUACUUAUUCUCCAUCAUAUGAUUAUGCAUCACAAGUUAUCGUGCCCAAUUUUGCCAAGCUUGGACUUCCUCCCCUGUCCAUUAUCCUUAAUAAGCGCGGCUGGACCACAGGGCCAGUUGAUCUUGGAGCAAUUGAUAUCACGGUGCUAGCACCUGACCAGCCCACCCUAAACGCCGACGCAGAAGAAGGCACGGGGAGUACUCUUCGCCAGUUUAUUGAACAAGUUACCCGACGUACUCUUCGACGUGAAAUGAAGAAGCUGGAUCCGUCUAUAUUUGCUAAACGCUCUAAUUCGGCUUUAUCCGAAGGGGACUCGCUCAGCAAAUUGUCAGCCAAAAACGCAUUAGUUCCCAUCACAAUACACACAUCGGAAGCUACAACUCACCGCAGCCAUGUGUACAUCCUUCUUGUUGCACAUACUUCCUCGGGGUUCAGAAUAGGCCACGAUAUUCUCGGCAGCAUGGGAGGCGAUCGCCUGUCUAAGCCAAAGAACAAAGGGAAACAAAAGCAACAGCCAGCUCGUGACCCUCGACGAGAUUCACAAAAUUCACAAAAUGAAAUAGCAUUUUCUGCAGCAGCAGAUCUAGUCCGCCGAUGUGUGGAUGGAUUCAUCGGGGAAAUCUCAAACGAGAGUCCCAAUGCCCAGCCAGACCAGAAAUCUGAUUCCAACGUCAAGAGAUCUUGUCUAGACAGCUACAUGAGAGAUCAGAUUGUUGUGUUCGAGGCACUCGGAGAGGCCUGUAGCGCAGGUGGACAUGAUGCUGAAACAACGGACACUGAAACUUUGGAAGACGAGCGAGAUUGGACACUCCACACGAAGACCGCACAAUGGGUGUGCCGGCAGAUUUUGAAUGUAUAG